UUGUUUCAUAGCAAGGAAGCUCCCGACCUGGGAAGGAGAAGGACAUUGUCUUGUGGACAUUAAGGAAGAAUUUUGCCAGGUUUCUCGAACGCCUCGCAGCAGCCGCUUCUAUCAUCAGCGCUCAUUCUCCGCCAAACUUUCUUGCUCUCCGACGAUUUCAUUCAGAAGUGCCCGCGCUCUGAAGCCGCAAAGCUCCAUGGAUCCACCUGUCACUAGAAGCUGCGUGAGGAAUCCCCACGCUCCUUCCAUACUCUGGGAAUGCCUGAGCCGCCCUCUCGGCCAGAACCGAGGACCCAACGAGCACAACAACCCUCCAGGCCCCAUUCUGCCCCCGAGACUAGGAAUGGGUUACUUGGAUUUCUCGGCCCCCUGCGAAGCCGCUGCUCCUCAGAGCCUUCCUUGCGCUGAACGCGCUUUCGAGGAACCUGGCAUAUCCUUCCAGCCGCCCGCCUGGAACGUGGCGACUUCUGAAAUCAUCCUGCCGGCGAAGUUGGCUUCGGGGUCAGGAGGGCUAAAAGAGGGCAGCCCCAGACCCAGCAAGAAUAACCUCCUCGCAGGGAAUGUGGCAAGCGAUGCUGGGAAUAAAGCCGUCUACUGGAAAGUGGAAAACGCAAAUGUGGCUACUCAGUGGUAUGAUGGUAUUAAGAGCACAAAGAGCCAGCGUGCUGUCCGCCGCAACCCUACAACUGCCUCAAAGAAAGAGACCUCCAGAGCCCGGAAGGAGCGCACAGCAUUUACUAAGGACCAGCUGCGGGAGCUUGAGAUGGAAUUUAUUCACCACAAUUAUCUGACAAGGCUGCGGAGAUAUGAGAUUUCUGUGAAUCUUGAUUUGACAGAAAGACAGGUUAAAGUAUGGUUUCAGAACCGCAGGAUGAAAUGGAAACGUGUGAAAGGACAACCAGUGUCACCCCAGAACAACAUGGAAGAAAUGGACCCUGCUCUCUCCUUAAGUCCAGAGUAGCCUGUUCUCUAAUACACUGAUCUCUAACAACCUUUGAUUUUAAAGGAUGCCUUGAAGAUCUGGUACCAAGACAACAAUCAGCUAAAUGUGGCUUGAGUCCAGACCAAGAAAGUGCUUUAUGGAAACGCUUCAAAUAAUCCCAUCCCUUAUUCACAAGAAGAUAAAAGGAGGAGAAAGGGAAGCAUAUUCACACUUGCAAGCUCCAUAUUAGCCUCACCGGAUAGUACAGGUUAAGAAGUAGAAACCAUGCAAACCUAUUUUUAUUAGAACAGCUAUAAUAACACUUUUUGCAGCUCAUUGUGAAUUAAUCAACUAAUUUUACCUACAGUAUAUUAUACCUACAGUAGCCAUAGGGCAAGAUAUGUGGCAAAUAAAUUUAAUAAUAAUAAUAAUAAUAAAGUAUAUUUUACUUGA